CAAGCCAUGUGGCUGUACCUGGUGGCACUGGUGGGCCUCUGGAAGCUCCUGCGCUUGUUCAGGGAGAGGCAGGUGGUGAGCCAUCUCCAGGACAAGUAUGUCUUCAUCACGGGCUGUGACUCAGGCUUUGGGAACCUGCUGGCCAGACAGCUGGACAGGAGAGGCAUGAGGGUCCUGGCUGCGUGUCUGACGGAGGAGGGAGCCGAGCAGCUGAGGAGCAAGACAUCUGACAGGCUGGAGACAGUGAUCCUGGAUGUCACCAAGACAGAGAGCAUUGUGGCAGCCACUCAGUGGGUGCAGGAGCGUGUUGGGAGCAGAGGACUCUGGGGCCUGGUCAACAACGCUGGCAUCGCCAUCCCCUCGGGUCCCAAUGAGUGGAUGAACAAACAGAACUUUGCAAGUGUCCUGGAUGUGAACCUGCUGGGCAUGAUCGAUGUGACUCUGAACAUGCUGCCCUUGGUGAGGAAGGCGAGGGGCCGUGUGGUCAACGUCUCCAGCAUCAUAGGACGAGUGUCUCUGGGUGGUGGUGGUUACAACAUCUCCAAGUAUGGUGUGGAGGCCUUCUCAGACUCCCUCAGGAGGGAGCUCUCCUACUUUGGGGUGAAGGUGGCUAUUAUAGAGCCUGGCUUCUUCCAGACUGUUGUGACCAGUGGUGCCGUGUUGUCCUCAAACGUCCAGAUGCUGUGGGACCAGACCAGCCCAGAAGUCAGGGAGAUCUAUGGCGAGAAAUACCUGGCAUCCAAUCUGAAAAUGCUAAACGGAUUGCACCAGUUAUGCAACAAGGACCUGUCUUUGGUGACGGACUGCAUGGAGCACGCUCUGACGUCCUGUCACCCUCGCACCCGAUACUCAGCUGGAUGGGAUGCCAAGCUCUUCUACCUCCCCUUGAGCUACAUGCCCACCUUUAUUUCAGAUGCCAUUAUCUACUGGGCUUCUGAAAAGCCCGAGAAAGCUCUGUGAAGUCUUUACCUAUGUGUAUAGUUGGGGAGAUGCAGGUACAGUGUAAGGGAGGGACUCCUCAGGAGACGGCAGGAGAGCAGAGGGAGGGAGGACAUUACUUGGGUUCUUAACCACACUCUUCAGCCUAUCGAUUUUCCUUUGAUGCCACUCAAGACUGAUGAUGACCAAAGAAAUAGCCAAAGAAUUCUGCCAAGGGAUUCAGACUGAAACAUGGUGGCUGUAGCACAGGCUCUGAACAGAAUGGCCUACCGUGAAGAUCCACACAAAUAAAUGAGGAGGUUGUGACCAGCUUGUGCCCAGCACUGCCCUGUGUCCUCCUCUGAAUGAAAUGCACAUGCCCUGGCUAGUUAAAACCCCUAUGCAGCAUGGAAGUGUCCCUGCUCUGAAGUCACCUGUGACCAUGGUGUGGGGUCUGAGGGGAGUCACUAUUAA